UCUCUUUUUUAAUAAUAGGAGCCUCCUUUAAAUUAGGGCCAAGCGGUGUCCAGAGCCGCCAGUGUUAAAAAGGCAAACCCUUUUCUUCAUCAUAAACCUUUCAACUCCAUUUGUCCCCUCUUCCUCCGCCGUUUCAUCCCUCUCCCAAGUUUACCUUAGCAAAGUUUCUACCUUUAUCCGCUCCAUGGCCACCCGUCUUCAGUUUGAGAACAACUGUGAAGUUGGUGUCUUUUCAAAACUCACUAAUGCCUAUUGCUUAGUUGCUAUUGGAGGCUCUGAGAACUUUUACAGUGCAUUUGAGUCGGAGUUAGCUGAUGUUAUCCCUAUUGUUAAGACCUCUAUUGGAGGAACACGAAUCAUUGGCCGUCUAUGCGCUGGAAACAAGAAUGGGCUUCUUGUGCCUCACACAACUACUGACCAAGAGCUUCAACACUUGAGGAACAGUCUACCUGAUCAAGUUGUGGUCCAGCGAAUCGAGGAGCGUCUCUCUGCUCUUGGAAAUUGCAUUGCCUGCAAUGACCAUGUUGCUCUUGCUCACACCGAUCUUGACAAGGAAACUGAGGAGAUAAUAGCUGAUGUUCUUGGUGUUGAAGUUUUCCGUCAGACAAUUGCAGGCAACAUUCUUGUGGGCAGCUACUGUGCCUUGUCCAACAGAGGUGGCAUUGUUCAUCCUCACACUUCUGUGGAAGACUUGGACGAGCUCUCAACACUACUUCAAGUCCCGCUCGUUGCAGGAACCGUGAACCGUGGUAGUGAAGUUAUAGGUGCGGGAAUGACCGUCAAUGAUUGGACUUCUUUCUGCGGUUCAGACACAACCGCAACAGAGCUGUCUGUUAUAGACAGCAUCUUCAAGCUAAGGGAAGCCCAACCUAGCUCUAUUGUCGACGAGAUGAGGAAGUCUUUGAUCGAUACCUAUGUUUAAGUUUUGCUUUAUUUUGAUGACACAACAACAACAUUUCCAAGUGUCAAAUGUCUUAAAAGUUUCAGAUCUUUUAUGGUUUUUGUAGGCUCGGAAUAUUUCCUUUACUGUUUCAAGAAUUGUGUGUUUUAUUGUCAUAUCAAAAGUUAUGAGUUUUUUAUGGUCU